AAAAAACGAAAUACAAACAGGCACCAUCAAACACCGGCCAUAGCCAGGGAAGAGGAGAGAGAGAGAGAACCGAACUUCCUUUGCUUCGCAGGCUGUAAAUACGCAUCAAAAUUCUCUAUUUCAUCUUCGUCUUCCUAUUCUCUCUCUUUCUCUACCCCUGAACCAUCGGAGGCACAGAGAGAAUCAAGGUCUGAGACCCACGUUUCUCCUAUUUUCUAGAGAGAGAGAGAGCGAUCUCAGUGGUGGAAGGUUGAAAGGUAGUGAGUGGCUUAGAAAAUGGGCACGCUUCAGACUUGGCGGAAAGCUUAUGGUGCUCUUAAGGAUACCACCAAAGUCGGGCUCGCCCAUGUCAAUAGCGAUUAUGCGGAUUUGGAUGUUGCUAUAGUUAAAGCUACAAACCACGUCGAGUGCCCGCCCAAAGAGAGACACCUCAGAAAGAUUUUGAUAGCCACUUCUGCAAUUCGUCCACGGGCCGAUGUUGCUUAUUGUAUUCGUGCACUUUCCAGAAGAUUGACCAAGACCCACAAUUGGACGGUGGCAUUGAAAACUUUAAUAGUCAUCCAUAGGACAUUGAGAGAGGGCGACCCUACUUUCAGAGAGGAACUUGUAAAUUUCUCGCAAAGAGCACGAAUUCUUCAACUUUCUAAUUUCAAGGAUGAUUCAAGCCCUAUAGCCUGGGAUUGCUCUGCAUGGGUACGUACUUAUGCAUUAUUUUUGGAGGAACGGCUUGAAUGCUUCAGGGUUUUGAAGUAUGAUAUUGAAGCUGAACGUUUACCAAGGCCUGCCCAAGGACAGGAGAAGGGAUAUGGUAGGACCAGAGAGUUGGACAGUGAAGAACUGUUGGAGCAGUUGCCAGCUUUGCAACAGCUGCUCUAUCGUCUUAUUGGUUGUCGGCCUGAAGGAGCAGCUGUUGGCAAUUAUGUUAUACAAUAUGCCCUUGCUCUGGUGCUUAAAGAGAGCUUUAAAAUUUAUUGUGCUGUAAAUGAUGGAAUAAUUAAUCUUGUUGACAAGUUUUUUGAGAUGCCAAGACAUGAAGCUGUCAAGGCCCUUGAUAUCUAUAAGCGAGCUGGCCAGCAGGCUUCUAACCUUUCGGAUUUUUAUGAAGUUUGCAAAGGACUGGAGCUUGCUAGGAAUUUCCAGUUCCCCGUUUUAAGAGAGCCUCCACAAUCCUUUCUCAAUACAAUGGAAGAGUAUAUUAGAGAGGCACCUCGGGUGGUCUCUGUUCCAACUGAGCCAUUGCUUCAAUUAACAUACAAACCAGAUGAAGGUUCUUCGGAAGAAACCCAAUUACCGAGUGAUGAACCUGUGGCACCACCUUCAGAUAUUGUGUCUGAUGUUGAGACUGCAACACCACCACCACCUCCACCACCUCCUCCUCAAAGCAGCACGGACACUGGAGACUUACUGGGUUUGGGUUUUGAUGCUCCUGAUGUAUCUGUAAUUGAGGACAGAAAUGCGAUGGCCCUAGCCAUUGUAACAUCCGAAGCCAAUACUGCUCCCACAUUUAACUCUGGCACUGCUGGAUCAAAAGAUUUUGAUCCCACUGGCUGGGAGCUUGCUUUAGUAACCACUCCGGGCACCGACAUUUCAGCACCUACUGAUCGUCAAUUGGGUGGUGGAUUGGACUCACUCACUCUGAACAGUUUGUAUGAUGAAGGAGCAUACAGAGCUUCUCAGCAGCCUGUCUAUGGAGCCCCAGCACCAAAUCCAUUCGAGACACACGAUCCAUUUGCCAUGUCAAACGCCAUUGCUGCUCCUCAUUCGGUUCAGAUGGCAACCAUGGCUCAACAUCAUCAGCCCAACCCCUUUGGUCAUUACCAACCUACAUACCAAGCACAGCCGCAACAUCAACAGCAACCACAACCACAACCGCCACAUCAACAAAAUUUGUUAAUGGGUCCAUCAAACCCUUUUGGCGAUGCAGGAUUUGGGGCAUUUCCCGCAAACCCUGUUUCGCACCCACAAAAUAACAACCCAUUUGGAGCCACAGGCCUGCUGUAAUGAACUUAUAUUCGAAACAUUUGGAAGAAUAGAGAAAAGUGUAAUCUACUCGUGAAAUUGGUUUUGAGUGCGAUUGGGGUGGUGUUGGUAUAGAAAAGGUGGGGGGUUUUGAUUUUGGCCAUGAGAGCUUUUGGGCAAAGAACAUCGAUAUAUGUUUGGUGUAAAAGCACUGAGUAGUAGUAAUUAGUUCAUACGAUUCAAAUUUUUUUUUUUUUAAUGUAAUUUCAUAUCUAUAUUUCUUUCUCUUAGAUACAACAAAAACACGUUUUCAUGUGGUAUGUAAAGGUCAUUCUUACUCAUGGACUGGGCUCUUAAUACUGGACUGGAGUUUGGCUGUGUUU